AUGAGACCCACGUUUCGGGUGCUGCCAAAGUGCAUCCCGUCAAGGACAGCAUCGAAUUCGCACAUGCUCAUUCUUGCAGACCUACACCAGAGACAGAAUGCACAGCAACAGCAGCAACCGCGCAAACCAAUUGUUUUUCUACGCCGAAUACAAUCACAAUAUACAAGUCGGGAAUUCUCUUCACGCAGGUGUUCUGAGAAAGAAGGAUACACUGAGAAAGGCAAAGCUCCACACCACAGGGGCCGGAACGAACAAGAACAACAGCCCAAUUCUCAACUCGACGAUGUUAUUGGGGAGCAGACAGAAUUGCAGGCCAAGACGCCAUGGCAUAGAGAGGGAUCUGACAUGCCUCCUGUCAAGAGGAUGCGCAGUGCUUCUGCAAUGACAAUGGGCAAACUCCUCACAACGCCCUCCCGUCUCCUCAAAUUGAUCAUCCCCCUCACAACCUUGGACAAAAAUUCUGACCGGAAAUCCAUUGAACCCCUCGCCCUCCUCGUCCACCCCCAACAACCCCUCUCUUACCUCGAGCGGCUCAUUCAAUCCGAGCUACCUAUGAUCAAGGGCCAGGACGGAAAGGAAGUAAUACCCCGGAUCUUUUUCCGGGCAGAAGAUAGCGUUCAAGGUGAAAUUAAACGUGACCCCAGGUACGAUGAGGAUGUGGAACAGCAAGAAGAAGGCAGCGAUGAGCAGAUAGUCGAUGGGAAGGCAAGGAAGCCUGGGAAAAUUAAAUCACCCUCACCAUCACCAACCGGCGUCCAGGACGGCGAGGCGCGGGACAAGAGCCAGAGAAUAGAAAGCGAUUUAAGAGGCGGGCCCGGCGAAGGAGGAGUAGAAGUCUACAGCGGAGAAGGCCGUGAAAAGGCUUCCCGCGAUAGGGAAAUGAGGAAGAAGAAAUUCGUUCGGUGGUCUAGUAGCACUGAAAUCGGUGAUUUUAUCCGUGAUGCCGCGAGGGGCAAGGAAUUCGCUAUUGAGAUCGAGGGCGCAAAUAAGGAAAUAAGGGUUGGUGUUCCUAGUUUCAACGAUCGGACGCAUUACUUGCGAGUCCGGUUACGAAAGACGUCGAAGCAAAUAGCCACUCUAGCAAGUGUGAAGAAGGAAUGUGACGAACUAGCUCAUCGCGGCGCACAAAGGCUGGCGAUGGGUGGGUUCGGUGUGCUCUUGGCGUGGUGGGGUGCUAUCUAUCAUAUUACCUUCCAGACGGAUUAUGGUUGGGAUACAAUGGAGCCGAUCACAUAUUUGGCAGGUCUCUCCAUAAUCAUGAUGAGUUACCUCUGGUUCCUCUGGCACAACCGAGAAGUCUCCUACCGCGCAGCCCUAAACCUCACCGUCUCUCGCCGCCAAAAUAAGCUCUAUCAAGACCGCGGUUUUGAUUUACAGAGGUGGGAGGCACUAAUUGAAGAAGCGAAUUCCUUGAGGAAGGAUAUUAAGAUCGUGGCGAAUGAGUAUGAUGUUGAUUGGGAUGAAAGGGAGGAUGAGACAACCGAGGCUGUGCAUCAUGUGUUGAAGAGGGAGCGGGAAAAGACAAUGAAAAAAGAUGAUGAUGAAGCUGAUGAUGCUGCUACUGAGGAGGAAGAUAAGGAGGCAGUAGAGAGACGGGAGCGCAAGGAACAGAGACUGGAACAAAAAGAAGAGAAUCAGCAGAAGGAAUAA